CCCCAACACAUCAACAUGAUAACAUCAUCAAGUAUAUUAGUACUAGCUGCUCUGGUCCAGGUGUUAUUCGCUCAACAGCCUGACUUCCAGUCUGGACCUCCAGGGCCACCGGGUCCUCAUCACAAAGGCCCGCCACCGGGCGCAUUUCCACCAGGAAUACCAAAAAGCUGCUGGGUUCCUCCACGUGAGGUGAAUUUGUUCAAAUGCUGCCCAAUACCCCCACUGUAUUCAGAUGAAGUAAUGCAGAGCUGUGGUUUCGAAAAACCCUCCGAGGAUGGCCCCAAGCCACCAAAAAGACAUAGACGUCCAGAUGGUACAUGCAAAGAAGGAUAUUGUGUAAUGGGUAAUGCUGAUCUACUUCAAACAAAUAACAGCGUAGAUUACGAGAAAUUCAGAUCGUAUUUGGAUAAUUGGGCGGCAUCGAACCCAGAUUUUGCUGAAGCCAUACAAAUUGCUAAAGAAGACUGUGCCCAAGACGGUGGACCUGCAGGACCUCCAGUGUGCGAACCAGACAGGCUAUUCUUUUGUCUGACCUCAAAAAUAUUUUGGAAUUGCAAACUUCGCGAUGAGGAUGGUUGCCAGGCAUUGCAACAACACAUGGACGAAUGCAGACAGUACUACACGAAACCAAAAGAGCAAAUAGAGGGAAAUGCGGAACGCCGUUAAAAUGAUUUUUUUCGGCCGGUAGUCGCAAUGUAAAAUACAUAAUAUUAUAUUAGA